AUGAAGACUGCCGUUCUCUUCUCCAUUUCCGCGCUGAGCGCUUACGUUGUUGCUGCGCAGGCGCCCCUCAACGCCCAAUGUGGCGGAUCUGGCUGGACCGGUGAGACCUCGUGCGAAGCCGGGUCGUCCUGCGUGGCCGUCGAUGCGUGGUACAGCCACUGCGUGCGUGCCAUUGCUGUGCGGCAGGAAGAGGAGCAGGAGCAGGAGCAGGGGGGUGACGCCGAGGAGGAGAAGGACAAGAAGAAGGAAGAGGACGCUGGGCAGGAUUCUGAACAGGGUUCGGGCAGCGGUUCUGGGGACGAGGAGACUGGCGGUGAUGCCGGGAAUGAUGCCGGCGGCGAGGAAGCGGGUGGUGAUACCGGCAAUGAUGCCGGUGGUGAUGCCGGUAGCGACAGCGGCAACGACUCUGGAAACGACUCUGGAAGCGGCUCUGGCAACGACACGGGAAACGACACGGGAAACGACAGCGGCAACGAUGAUACGCCAGCUUCGACCCUGCAGACGGUCGUCACUUCGGCCGCCCCCGCUGCGUCUUCGAACCCCGACUCGGGCAAUGACUCGGGCAACGAUUCCGGCAGCGGAUCCGGCGACGACACGGCCACGCCCACCGACGCGGACUCCCCUUCGGCCUCCGCGUCCCUGAGCCCCGGCACACCCAGCCUCUCGGGCGCCCCGCCGUCGGCGACAUCAGCACUGCCGGUCAACCCCGGUGGGUCGGGCACGGCCAACGGCAACAUUCCGGCGCCGGCGGGCACGGAACUGGCGAGCGCACCGAUCAAGGUGUCAGGCGCGCUCGACGGCGGCAUGAAGCUGUACGACCGCGACACGGUCGUGUGCGCGGGCCAGGCGGAGGGCGGCGACGCGGACGCCAUCUUCAUCCUCGACGACGGCGCGACCCUGUCCAACGUCAUCAUCGGGCCGAACCAGGGCGAGGGCGUGCACUGCCUGGGCACCUGCACGCUCGAGAACGUCUGGUUCCAGGCCGUGUGCGAGGACGCCAUCACGCUCAAGCAGUCGGCCGGCACAUCGCGCAUCAUCGGCGGCGGCGCCUUUGACGCCAGCGACAAGAUCAUCCAGUUCAACGGCUUCGGCACCGUCGAGGUGACCGACUUUUACGCCGAGAACUACGGCAAGCUCGUCCGCAGCUGCGGCAACUGCAAGGGCAACGGCGGCGCCCGCAACAUCGUCAUUGGCGGCGUCAAGGCCGUCAGCGGCGGCGCCCUCUGCGGCAUCAACACCAACCUCGGCGACACGUGCUCCGUCGUCGACUCGUGCCAGUCCGAGGGCAAGAGCUGCGAGCUGUUCGAGGGCAACAAUGACGGCGGCGAGCCCGCCAAGAUUGGCGAGGGGCCCGACGGCUCGUCGUGCACCGUGAGCGGGCUGACAACCUGCUGA